CAAUUUUAAAUUUAUAAAUUAAAAGAAACAUGUCGCAUCAGAAAUCAAUAAAAAAAUUCAAAUGGUCCAUGGACUUUAACUCAUCCAAACCUAAAUCUGUAACUAUGGAUGUACCUUCACCGCCGGGAUACAGCCAGUCAGCAAAUACAAAUUAUACUGAAGCAUCUAAAGAUACAGACAAUCUUUUAUUGAUAAAAAAAUUAUGGGAUGUCGCCCUUGGACCCUUGAAACAAGUUCCUAUGAAUCUGUUCAUUAUGUACAUGGCUGGAAAUUCUAUUUCGAUUUUCCCAAUAAUGAUGGUUGGUAUGUUGAUUGUGAGACCAGUCAAGGCAUUGUUCUCUACACAAAGCACAUUUAAAAUGGUAGAAGGAACACAAGCAGCAACUCAGAUGAUGGUGUACAUAAUAGGGAAUAUGGUGAACAUUGGUCUCGCUUUAUAUAAAUGUCAGAGUAUGGGCUUGCUCCCUACACAUGCAAGUGAUUGGCUGGCAUUUGAAGAGCCUUUGAGAAGAGAUGAAUAUUUAGGGGGAGGGUUAUCAUUACUAUAAAAAAUGUACUACAUUGCAGUUCAUUAUUAUUUAUUCAAAUCAUUGUAAUUUCCUACAGUUACAGUACAGUUGUAUUUACAGUAAAAUAAAUAUUUCAAUCCAUUUGAGUAUGCAUAA